UGAGUUCCUCAUUUGGGGCUCGGUGGAGCUGGGCACCGGGGUGUUGGUGGCAGCGCUGAGGGGCCCCUCGCUGCCCUCAUCAUGGCAUCUGCUCUCACCGUCCUCCUCCUCGGCUGCUGGCUGGCCGGGCACAGUGGGGUGUGGGGACAGCCCAGCUACCCCAAACCCACCAUCUCUGGGAUCCCCAGCAAGGGGGUUUCCUUGGGGGGAUCCGUGAGCAUCUUGUGUAAGGGGCAGAACCAGUUCAUGCAGUUCAUGCUGUAUAAAGAUGGACGCCAUAACAGAAGUGUGGAUGCGAACUCACAGGCUCUGUUUCUCAUCAACAUCGAGAGCCGGGAGCAAGGCGGGAACUACAGCUGCACCUAUCGCAGCAAAUCGGAGCCAUUCAACAUGUCAGACCCCAGCGACCCCGUGGAGCUGGUGGUGAGAGAUCCCAGCUUACCCAGACCCAACAUCUCUCUGAGCCUCACUGGGGUCGUGGCCUCAGGGGCAGACGUCACCAUCCGGUGUGAGGGGCAGCACCGGGACGUGAGGUUCUUCGUGCACAAGGCUGGAGACCUGAACCCGCAGCGACACAUGGACCCUGCUGGGGCCGGGGCCGAGUUCCGCAUCCCCAGCGUGGGCCGGCAGCACGGAGGGAACUACAGCUGCAGCUACCGGCCCCGGUCAGAGCCCUUCGUCUCCUCGCCGCCCAGCGACCCCGUGCAGCUGGUGGUAGCAGGAUAAGGACCAGCCCCGAGACAGAGCAGAUGAGACCCCAGCUCUGCUCCCCACCCUGAUCUACCUGCGCUAGGAUUCAGGACUCCUGGGUUCUCUCCCCGGCUCGGGAUGGGAAGUGGUGUCUAGUGGUUACAACAGGGGGGUGAGGAGGUUUUAAUGUUGUACUUUUUAGUUAUUUUCCUAAUGAUAGGUUGAUUCUCAUUAGUUGAUAACCAUGAAAAUGGUUAAUUUGCAACUCAAUAGAGUCUUUAUGCUAAAUCUGUUCCUUUUUCUGUUGCUAACCAUGAUGGCAAACUAUCGCUGUGCACAUUGAUUUCAGCAGUUCUAUGGAGUAAUUUACAUUUCUUCUGUCUAAUUUUUACAUUUUGAUAAUGUUGGAAAAUGGCAAAUGAUUCAUUUAUUUCCUAGAUGAUGAUGAUGGAUUUUUACUUCUGAUUUGUCCAAGCUCUGUUUGGAUGGAAAUUCAAAUUCACAGA